AUGGCCUCCCGGGCCCCGCAGCGCGCCCCACCCGAGUCUCGGCGCCUGUCAGGAGGUCACGACUGCGGGCCCGCCGCCGCCUUUCCCACCGACCUCGGCCGGCCCCGAGGGCCUCCCGUUUGCUCAACCCCUUUCCUCAGAGCCCACGCUAUGCGGCCGGCGGGCGCGUCUGGUUCCGAAGGCCGUAGGCCCGGGCAGUGCCCCGGGUAUACACGAGGUGUGAAGGCUUACAAAGGAGUCUCGCUCAGCUUAGGCUCGCGCCCCGCUGCGGCCCUCGAGCCUGUGCCGGGAACUCCAUUUUCUUCAGCUCCACCUUUCCCGGGCCAGCCGCGCACCCCCAGGCCGAGGGGCAAGGCACGGGCUACUGGGGGCCUCGGCCUCCCGCUGAAAGCCGGCGGUGUAGGGGGGAGACCGGGUGUCCAAGAAGCCAAGGCCGGAAGCGUCAGGGCCGCCAUUUACUUGAGGCCUACUAUGUGCUACCCGCCUGCUCCGCGCCAGCCCUGCCGAAUUGUAUCACAAAGCACCGCAAGCCAGAGUGUGUGUGGUUAA